UAGGGUUUUCAGGGGUUCUUCGCCGCUCGUCUUCGUCAGUUAGCUUUCCCUGUUCAAGCACCUUACGACCAUGGGUCACGCCAAUGUCUGGAAUUCUCACCCGAAGAAGUACGGUCCUGGAUCUCGCCUCUGCCGUGUGUGUGGGAACUCUCACGGGAUGAUCAGGAAGUAUGGUCUGAACUGCUGCAGGCAAUGCUUCCGCAGCAAUGCCAAGGAAAUCGGAUUCAUCAAGUACCGUUGAAUGGAUACCGAUGUCCGGUCUGAUUUCAGUUACACACAUGAACACCAUCAAUGGGUUUGCCCCUCCUUUAGUUAAGUCAUUGUAAUGGAUUGGAUUUUUUUAAAUAACAUUUUGAAGUUGGUCUCAGCCAAAUCUUAGAUCUCCUUUUUGUCUCUGCCUCGACAAUUUUACAGUUACUUUGAUCGUUCAGUUCACAGUUCACUUA